CGUUUAACCAUCCACCUCUACAAAUUUAAUCAACACAACCGCCCAUCGAGCGGAGCAGAGCUACAAUAGGCGACUGGGUAGACCUGCUGCAUCGAAAUCCGUCCGAAACGCGUAACCAUUCUACAGGGCAUAAAAGUGGUCCCAAAGAAUGGGUAUUUGUUUUACUUGCCGAACAUCUCCUUGACGAGUAAACACAUAUUUUCAACUUUAUGAAUAUGAGCAAAAACGGUCCAUCAUAUUGCUUUCUGGUCGAAUGGUUUGAUGAGAUAUCAUCAUUGGUCAAAAGUUUUCAGCUGAUCUAUCAUCCUGAUAUUUCAUCUGUUGAAAUGCAUGAAGAAAAAACUAACAGGCUUUUCUUAAAACCUACAAAGAUUGAGGGACUCAAAUUGUCAGAUUUUUAUCUAGGUAGUACUGUGACGAUAUUAUCACGCUCACUGAGAAUUGUGGAUUUCGGUGAUGAAUUUACAAAGCGUGAACUUUCGGGUCGUUCUGAGAGAUGUGUUGUUUUCAUAACCCCGGAUUCUGUCUGCCGGGCUGGAGAAGUCAUAGGAAUGUUGGAAGAUAAAGCAUUUCGCAUUGUGAAUCUGAAGAUGUUGCGUAUAACGUCGGACCAAGUGAAAUGCCUUUUCGAAAACCACACGAAUAUCUCCAACAUUCCUAAAUUACUAGAACAGUUAUCAGGUAGAGUUGUUGUCGCCUUGGAAGUAAUGGGUUCAAGUGCAUGUUCACUUUUAAGUGAAUUUAUCUAUGGAUCAAAAGCAGAUGAUGGAAACGUGUUAUCCAAUCCUGACUUAUUUAUGAUUGCAUCAAAUGUUGGUGAUUCAUUAAAACAAGCUAAUAAGAUAUUUGGGAAUCCUGGUGGCACGAAUUUUCUUGGAGCUCCUUUAUUGAAGAAUACAACACUGUGUAUCAUUAGACCGCAUGCUGUAUCAGAUGGUCUUACUGGGAAAAUAUGGAGUGCAAUUAGAGAAAAAGGAUUUUGUAUAACUGCAGCUGGUCUAUAUCGUCUAUCAAAAACAGAUGCAGCUGAAUUUUUGGAAGUAUAUAAAGGUGUAGUACAUGAAUAUCCAGAAAUUUUAGAUCAGCUGUCUUCAGGUCCUUGUAUAGCUCUGGAAAUAGGAUUACCAGAUGCCAAUGUAAGUGUACACCAAGCAUUUCGCGAAUUCUCUGGACCUAUAGACCCAGAGAUCGCUAAAUUUUUACGACCUGAUACACUAAGAGCCCGAUUCGGUGUUGAUAAAGUGAAAAAUGCUAUUCAUUGUACUGAUUUACCCGGAGAUACGGAACUCGAAAUCAACUACUUUUUCAGUAAUCUGGAUAAGUAAUGUACGCAUAUAUAUAACCACGAAAAGUUCCUGUAUUGCAUUAUAUUGUUGAUCAUUCCUGGUUUAUCGUUAACAUUCUAUUUACGAUGCAUAGAAGUGUAAUUCAUUGUCUACCGGUUAUACCUGCAGAUCAACAAAUCUAAAACACUGAUCCUGCUGGUGAUUCUACUGUAGUAAGUGCAACACAUCGAAUAAAUAUAUUCUUCCAAUGAGCGAGGUACCUUUUUGAUGUUUUUUUCGAAAGUGUACCCUCAAAAAUCAUGUUUCGAAUAAAAUCAUGGAUAAUAUUUUUUUACUA